AGAAUCACUAUAAGGAAAUCGCUCACUCUCUCACCGUCAACGACGUUUAAAUUAGGCAUGGGAAACUGUUUAUUCGGAGGAUACAUGGAAGAGUGCUUACCGAUCAAAGUCAUAAAACCUGACGGUGGAGUUCUAGAGUUCUUCUCCCCCGUCACAGCAGGCUCCGACGAGUUGAAGUCUUCUGUCGAAAACUGUCACGUAAGAUCCAACAGCGAGUCCUUGCCAGUGAUAACUCCUUAUGGAAUGUCUCUGGAUUACAACAGCAGGGUGUUGAAGAGAUCGUAUACAAACGUUUUUUCAAGAAAGACCCGACAAAAGGAGAAGAAGAAGACGAGGAAGCGUAUGAGAAACAAAGGUGAUAUAUGGAAAGUGAAGCUGGUCAUAAACACGGAAGAACUUUUGCAGAUAUUGUCCGAAGAGGGAAGAACAAACGAGCUGAUAGAGAGUGUAAGAGCCGUGGCCAAGUGUGAAAACCUUGUCGCGUCAAGCAUCACAAGUAGUUCGUCCGAGAUGAACUACUUGUCGGUGGUACAGGUCUAAAGUUUUAUUUGUGGUAGAUCUUCAUCUACAUUAUUUAGAUGUUCUGGUUUGUGAGUUAACUUGGCAACCCCUAAAAGCUUUAACGUGGGUUAUUUGACUCUAGUCUAUGAUCAGUCAAAUUUCAAUAUAUAAAGUUGUAUGCGUUUAAUUAAUGUGAGUUUGGUAUGUAGAUAUGUAUAAAGUUGAUCAA